AUGAUAGGGAAUGCAGUGACUUAUGAGGAUGUUCAUGUGAACUUCACUAAGGAAGAAUGGUCUUUGCUGGAUCCUUUCCAGAAGAAAUUCUACAAAGAUGUCAUGCUAGAGACCUACNGGAACUUCAAUGCUAUAGGCGUCAGUUGGAAAGAUCAAAAUAGUGAAGAACAUUAUCAAAUUUCUAGAAGACAUGGAAGGUUUGAAAGGAGUCAGAGUGCAGAGAAAUCCUCUGAAUAUACUCAACUUGGUAAAGCCUUUGAUUUACAUGCUCACAGUCAUGCCCAAAGGCAUGAAAGGAUUCAUACAGAAAAGAUCCCCUCUGAAGUUAUUCACUGUNUCGAAGACUUUUUACCUUACACAAGUCUCCGAGUACAUAAAAGAACACAAACUGGACAGAAACCCUAUGAAUGUAAUCAAUGUGGUAAAGGAUUUGCAACGCCCAGUCAUCUUAAAAGGCAUGAAAGAAUUCAUACUGGAGAGAAACCCUACAAAUGUAAUCAGUGUGAUAAAGCCUUUUCACAGAAACGUAGUCUCCAAACACAUAUAAGAAUACAUACUGGAGAAAAACCCUACAAAUGUAAUCAAUGUGAUAAAGCCUUUUCCCAAUAUGGUCAUCUCCAAAUUCAUAUAAGAACACAUACUGGAGAGAAACCCUUCAAAUGUGAUGAAUGUGAUAAAGCCUUUUCAAAACGCUUUCACCUCCAAAAUCAUAAAAGAACACAUACUGGAGAGAAGCCUUACAAAUGUCAUCAAUGUACCAAAUCCUUUUCACAACACAGUACUCUUCAAACUCAUAGAAGAACACAUACUGGAGAUAAACCCUACAAAUGUAAUCAAUGUGAUAAAGCCUUUUCUGAGAAACGUAGUCUCCAAACACAUAUCAGGAAACAUACUGGAGAAAAACCCUACAAAUGCAAUCAAUGUGAUAAAGGCUUUUCCCACAGACAUGUUUUAAAAAAUGCCUAUAUAUUAUAA